AUGGAGGAUGUCUUCAAUGUCACAGAUCAAGAGGGAAACAAGAUAACAGAUGAAGCAAUGUUGGAUUAUAUUAUGAAGACUACAACUUCUGAAACAACUGAGGGAAGAAGAGCCCUUCUCAAAUGGAAGAACACCCUUGAUUUCAAUGCUGAUGUUCUUCAUUCUUGGUCUAUUGCUAAUCUUCACAACAUUUGCUGGAACUGGACGGGUAUCACUUGCAACAACGUUGGAGCUAUUUAUAAGAUUAAGCUGGAUGAUUUCAGUCUCUCAGGUACACUUGAAAGCCUUGAUUUCGUUUCAUUUCCAAACCUCACCCGUUUUAGUCUCUAUAAUAACAACUUCACUGGAUCAGUUCCAUAUGCUAUUGCUAACCUCUCCCACCUAGUUUUCUUGGACCUCAGUUCGAACUGUUUUGUAAGCUUUAUAUCAUCAGAGAUUGGAAGAUUAACAAAGUUCCGGUUGUUGAACCUCGGAGGAAACCACCUUCGUGGUACUAUUCCCUCCAAAAUAAGCUAUCUUCAACACCUUACUUCCCUCUCCUUAAAUGACAAUUCUUUGACUGGCCAAAUUCCUGAAGCAAUAUUCUCCAAUUUGAGCAACCUUCAAACUUUUGAUUGUGGGGGAAAUUUGUUCCAUGGGCCAUUUCCACCAAGUUUAGUCAAGCUAUCCAAGCUUAAACAACUUGUCCUAAGUAAAAACAGUUUCUAUGGGUCAAUACCUCCUACAAUUGGAAAUCUAAGCUCACUAACCAAAUCUUCAUCUUGGCUACAACAUGUUGGACGGAAAUAUUCCUAA